GUGAGAGUGCGAUGAGGAGAGCCUUCCCAGAGUGAGGAGGCCAUGGGCUGCACCUCGGCCAAGCAGGUGUCGGCCGUGCCCAACGAAGACGAGGGCCGUGGCAAGGCCUACGGCAAUGGGGACCUCUUUGGCGAUGAGUACAAGAUGAAGGCGGUGGAGGAGGUGAAGUACAUGAGAGGGGAAGAAAACCGGGUAAAUGUACGCAACCAGGAGAACUUGGAGAGAAAUAACGUGCCGCAAAGGGGCAAGUUGCAGAAAGAGACGGCGGCAAAUGUUAAAUCAAACAUUCACACGUCAGACAGCCAGCAGGAAUUCUUCCGGAUGCUGGAUGAGAAGAUUGAGAAGGGCCGAGACUACUGCUCAGAGGAGGGGGAGGAGGAGGAGGCGACGACGACAUAGCACAGAGGCCCCCCAGCACCAGCCCCUCCCAGAUAUCACACCAAUUGAAAGCUUCACAGUGUUCGGUGUGUCCGGGUGGUUCCACCAGCCAGCAGCAGCAGCAGCAGAAGCAGAACCAAGGAAAGCCGACGAGAUGCGGAUGCCUCUGUUGCUGUUGGCCGCGCUGUGUGCCGUGCGCUCCUGCGUGGGCUCGGAGCCCGUGACGCUGGUGCAGGAGGCGGAUGUGAGCCCCACGGAAGAGUCGGCCCUGCUCCGACCCAAAGUCCUGAUCGCCAUCCUGGCUCGCAACGCGGCGCACAGCCUCGCUCAUUACCUGGGAUGCAUCGAGAGGCUGGACUACCCCAAGGAGCGCAUCGCGAUCUGGGCCGCCAGCGACCACAACGUGGACAACACCACGGCCAUGUUGCGAGAAUGGCUGAUGAACGCCCAGCGUCUCUACCAUUACGUGGAGUGGAGGCCCAUGGAGGAGCCCAGGUUCUACACAGACGCGUGGGGUCCCAAGGACUGGUCUGCAUCCAGGUUCAACCAUGUGAUGAAGCUGAGGCAGGCGGCGCUCAAGGCGGCCAGGGAACGAUGGGCCGACUUUAUACUGUUUGUCGACAGUGACAACCUUCUCACCAACCCGCGUGUGCUCAACCUGCUCAUCGCCGAGAACUUGACCGUGGUCGCCCCCAUGAUGGAGUCCCGCUCCUUGUACUCCAACUACUGGUGCGCCAUGACCCCACAGGGCUAUUACAAGAGGACCCCAGACUACCAGCCCAUCCGUGAGUGGAAGCGUCUGGGCUGCUUCCCGGUCCCCAUGGUGCACAGCACCUUCCUGGUGGACCUGAGACGGGAGUCCAGCCGAGAUCUGGCUUUCUACCCGCCUCACCCCGACUACAGCUGGUCCUUCGAUGACAUCAUGGUGUUUGCAUUCUCCGCACGUCAAGCGGGUGUGCAGAUGCACGUGUGUAACAGAGAGCACUACGGGUUCCUUCCCGUCCCCCUCAAGCAACACCAGACUGUGGAGGAUGAGCGCGAGAGUUUCAUCCACACCACCACGGAGGCCUUGAUUGAGCACAGUCUUGAGCCUUCUGAGCAUCUUCACGUUCCGCCGUCUCCGCGGGACACCAUGACUUUCGAUGAGAUCUUCCUCGUCAACCUGAAGCGUCGGCUGGACAGAAGAAGCCGGAUGUUGAAGACCAUGUCGGCGCUAGGCCUGCACGUCACGCUCUUGGACGCCGUGGACGGCAAAGCCCUCAACACGUCCCGGCUGCAGGCGCUGGGGAUCGAAAUGCUGCCCAGCUACAAGGACCCGUACUCGGGCCGGAUUCUGACCCGAGGCGAGAUCGGCUGCUUCCUUAGCCAUCACUCCAUAUGGAGCCAGGUGGUGGAGCGCGGCCUCCGCAAAGUUCUUGUUCUAGAGGACGACGUGAGGUUCGAGCCCCGCUUCAAUCGACGACUCCAGGCUAUUAUGGAGGACGCGGAUAAAGCCCAGCUGGACUGGGACCUCAUCUACGUGGGGCGCAAGCGCAUGCAAGUGAAGCAGCCCGAGCGCUCCGUGGACAGCGUGGACAACCUGGUGGAGGCCGACUACUCAUACUGGACGCUAGGCUACGCGCUGUCGCUGCAGGGAGCCACCAAGCUGCUGAACGCCAAAGCCUUCAGCAAAAUGCUGCCCGUCGACGAGUUCCUGCCCGUCAUGUUCAACAAACACCCCAACGUGGACUACAUGUCCCACUACGAGCCGCGAGACCUGCGAGCCUUCUCGGUGGAGCCGCUGCUCAUCUACCCCACGCACUACACGGGCGAGCCGGGCUACAUCAGCGACACCGAGACCUCCACCAUCUGGGACGACGAGGCCGUGCCUACCGACUGGGACCGGCAGCUCACCCGCAAGAGCACCCAGCAGGACCGCAUCCGGAGGGUGGCCCAGAACAGCGUCACGGGGGACUCACCGCUGCCCGCCGCCAGGACCUCGCGGGACGAACUGUGAAGUGGUGGGGGUUUUGGAAAAGACACUUGAAGUGGAGAUACUGUAUAUUGAGCAAGUGCCUUAAUUUAUUCCCAACGUGCCUCUUUUGGUCAUUUGUACUACCCCAUUUCCUCAAAUGGUGGCCGUCAUCCAAUUAGGACAAGUCAAUUAAACACAUUCCUCAAUUUUUUUUUCUCAUUUAGGGGAAGCCUCCCCCCAUCUGCAGUUGAGUAAAUAAAAGUGUCAGUGACCACUAUGGUGUUCAAGUCAGACUUUAAACGGAAAAAUGUUUUUUUUUAUACACACAUUCACAAUUGUCACAUGACAAAGUUCGACAAGUGUAGCGGCGCUGCAGCAGGCGGGUCCUGCUUGUUAGCAGAGCAUCUCUCACGCACGCAACAAGCCAAAAAGCUGACAUUAAUUUCGGAUUCAACAAGUUAUGUACAACAAACACUGGUUUCUUCUUCACGUCCAGGCUGAUUUGUGCCCUUGAUGAACUAAUAAAACGAAUUCCUCA